GUCAGAAGGCAACCAGUCAUUCAGCCUGUGAUAGACCCGAGAGUGCUAGAGAUGGAAAUCAAAAUGCUAUCGAAUAUGCUCAAGAAGGAUAAAAUUAUGACUAAGGAAGGAAAAAUUAGAAAGCCUUCUACAUCAGCGACAUCCACAAAGUUAUUCUCUAAGAAGAAGGGUCACUCCAAGAAGAAAGGAAGAGGAAAAAUCAAAGGCAAUAAAAGUCUUAAGAAUACAAGUAGUGCAAAGCACGGUAGAGGUAAAGGCAAUAAGUUAGGUCGGAAUGCAGCUUUGCCUAACGAGGACCUUGUUGAUGUAUGGAGCUCAUUUAGUAAUAAAGGUACUAGAAGGUGUAAUGGAUGUCCUGACUUCUCACCAUCAGUGCAAGCCAAGAUAGGAAAAUAUCUAUAGCAAAUAGUUCAUCAAGAAUUUUAAAGAAGUUAUUAAAAAUUCA